AGUUCUGAGUGACAAGGCUACAACUUCUGAGAUGAGAAUGUUUUAAAAAGUCCCACAGUUUUUGCCUCACAGUGACACUGACCAGCACAGAGAGAGUAAACAGAAUUUAUUGUUGCUUUUUACAAUCCACUUUUAAUAUUUAUCAGCAGAUUUACUAGAAAGGUUGAACAAAAGAGUUCAUUUGACAUACAUCACAUGCUAACUGACAGUAAACUUAUAAAAAAGUGGGAAAAAGUGAAUGAAGUACAGACUUCUCUCUGAUGAUUAGCGCAUGCUAGCUGCUGAUCUUAGACAAUAUCAUGACUCCCACCUGCAUGUUUAAACUCUACACAGCAUUUCAUCUGCUUGUUAACUGCAGAGUCAUUUUUUACUAAAUAAUCAGCACUAGCAUUAGUAUGCUGCCUUUACAGCCCUGAACCUCCUGACAUCAAGCUUCAUAGUGAAUUCUGUGUUUUAUUUCCGUUGUUGUUGUAAAUGAUUUAGCAGCCAUGCAGCUAGCAUUAGCCUUAGCACUGCAGGCGUGUUGGGGGUGUGUUAGCCGUGCGAUACAGAACUCUCCUGCCUCCUGGGGUCACUACGAUGUCUGCAAAUCACAGCUUUACACAGACGAUGGACUCGUGUGGCAUUACAUGGCAUGUGAGCCAGAAUCCACCGACAUGACCAAGUAUGUAAAAGUCAAUCUGGAGCCGGAGAACAUCACGUGUGGAGAACCACCUGAGAUAUAUUGCGCUCUGGAGAACCCGUACAUGUGCAAUAACGAGUGUGACGCUGCUACAGAGGAACUCGCUCACCCUCCUGAGCUCAUGUUCGACUUCGAGGGUCGAAACCCAACGACAUUUUGGCAGUCGACCACAUGGAAGAAGUACCCCAAACCUCUGCAGGUGAACAUCACGCUGUCAUGGGACAAAACCAUCGAGCUGACAGACGACAUCGUGAUCACCUUCGAAUCGGGUCGACCCGAGCAGAUGGUUCUGGAGAAGUCUCUGGACUAUGGGAGAACGUGGCAGCCGUACCAGUUCUACGCCACCGACUGCUUGGACGCCUUCACCAUGGAGCCCCGGUCAGUGCGAGAGUUUUCCCAGCGCACGCUGCUGGACAUCAUCUGCACCGAAGAUUAUUCCCGAGGUUAUGUCUGGAAAUACGACAAAACGGUGCGCUUCGAGAUCAAAGACCGCUUCGCUCUGUUCGCCGGGCCGCGACUCCACAACAUGGCCUCGCUAUACGGUCAGUUAGACACCACCAGAAACCUGAGGGACUUCUUCACUCUCACUGAUUUACGCAUCAGACUUUUACGGCCUGCGACAGGAGCCACCACAGUGGACGAGGAAAAUCUGUCCAGAUACUUCUACGCAAUUUCAGACAUCAAAGUCCAAGGCAGGUGUAAGUGUAACCUCCAUGCCAACUCGUGUGUGUUUGAUAAAGGGAAGCUGAGCUGUGUGUGUGAACACAACACGACAGGAGCCGACUGUUCACGCUGUAAAAAACUGUACCAGGGCCGAGCGUGGAGCCAGGGGUCAUACCUCCCCAUUCCCAAGGGUACAGCUAACGUGUGUGUUCAGAGCGGUUCAGCAGGUCGGCCGAACAUCUCCUCUCUCGGAGUCGUGAAUCGAAAUCAAGCACGAGUGUGUGACGACGUGCUGCUGCGCUGUCAGAACGGUGGAGUGUGUGUUCAGCACCAGCGCUGCGUCUGUCCUCCGGGAUUCUCGGGAGUUUUGUGUGAAACGGAGCGAUGCCGCGGUGGCCAGUCCUGUGAGGAGCUUCGGUCAGGACGUGACUGUCUCCAUCUCUCAUCUCUUCCUCUCUUUUAUUCACUCACUCUCUCUCUCUCCUCUUUCUUCUGCAUCUGAGUGAAGGACGAGCGCUGAGGACAAACAACAAAGACAUGUUUACCCUCAGCCAAAGUUAUACAUGAUGAAGGACAAAAUACACAAUAUACACACAACACACAAUAUACACACAACACACAGUAUACACACAAUAUACACACAAUAUACACACAACACACAACAUACACACAACACACAGUAUACACACAAUAUACACACAAUAUACACACAACACUCAAUAUACACACAAUAUACACACAAUAUACACACAACACACAACAUACACACAACACACAGUAUACACACAAUAUACACA